AGCUGGCCUCUCUGCACCUGGGGGCUGGAGCCAGAGUUCUGGGAGCCAGCGGGGCACAGGGCUGAGGUGAACCCUGCAGGGAAGAGCAGGCACAGGCCGCUGGCUCUGCCUGGGCGACACAGGACACAGGCGAAGCCUUGGCCAUGGGGCUGAUCAAGAAUGUCCCUAAGGCCGCGUGCGCUCCUGGGGGCCUUCGGGAAGGGUCUUGCAACUGCUGACGAACCGUAGAGCCGAAUGCCUCCAGGAUGGCGGAAUACCAGGCAGACAGGGUCUGAAAAGGCACCGCCGUGCAUCUCCACAGCCAUGGGCAGCUCACCCAGGGCACCGUGGGCCAGGGGCAGCACAAAGCUGAGGGAGGCGCCUCCUUUCAUGUUUUCAGACCAGCACAGCAGGGCAGGCUGGCUCCUUGUCCUCAUCUUACCCCAGGCUCAAGGUCAGGACCUCCAGAGGCCCCCGGGACCCAGAAGACACCCAGUGCAGAAGGCUCCUCUGCGAUUCUCUCUGCCCCAUUGGGCACCCACUCGAGGCACAUCUACCAGAUGCGGAGCAGAGAGCAGGAAGAAGACAUGAAUGGUGCGGAAACACUGCUGCCUGACAGGGGAAGUCAGAAGGCUCCUGCCGACAGGAGGAAGGCUGCAGAGGCUCGCAGGGACCACUUCCUGGCACCACCUGGCGGGGGCAGUGUGGGUCUCCCCAGGGGACCUGAGUGGGGAGGGCCCAGAGGACCAGCCGAUACCCUCCUGUGACUGACCUUUGCCUUAAUGAGUUCCACAAGGCACAGUCUAUGGGGCCAGCCCUGUGCCAACACCCCAGGAGCGCCCGGCACGCCCUCCUCCAAGGACGGCUGAGAGGGAAGGGCUCGGCUGAGCAGGGGAGGAAACAGUGUGGACAGAAGUGAAACCUGAUCUCCUGCCAGGAAACCGUGAAAAGCCGAGACCCGGAGGCGGCAGGACUAGGCUGGCCAUGGAGAACUCCGUAGCCCCCUGCAUCCUCUACCCAGGAGAGGACCGCGCGCGCGGGGCGCCGGGAGAGGGCAGCCUGCCUCCGCCGGACGCGGCCGCAGGGGAGGGCGCUGCGUCUGCGUCCCCGUCGCCCGCACAGACACCCUGCAGCCUGCGCGCGUCUCUGUGCUUUAGCUCUGGGGACGAGUCCCCGCCCCAGUCGCGCGCCGCCGCGGCCGCUGAACAGGACCCCGGGGCCUGCCCGCCCUCGCGCGUGGUGGAGACACAGUGGGUGGCCAGCAGCGCGGGCGCUGCGUCCACGGGGGAGACCGCGUCGCCUGAAGACCCCGCGACCCCGGAGGACCCUGCACGCCCGGAAGAGCUCGUGACCCCGGAGGAGCCCGAGACCCCCGAGCCGCGCACGCGCCAGGAAGAGCCCGCGGAGUCCCUAGAGGAGCUCGGGGAGCCCCCUCCCGUGCCCCCCGGCGUCGAGUCCGCGCACGGGGAGCCCGACCUGGUCCUCGAGGUGUGCGGCUGCCGGCUGCGCGCGCACAAGGCAGUGCUGGCCGCGCGCAGCGACUUCUUCCGUGCGCGCGCGUCGCGGGACGUGCUGCGCGUGCAGGGCGUGAGCGCGGAGGCGCUGCGCCUGCUGCUGGCCGACGCGUACGGAGGGCGCAUGGCGGGCGUGCGCCCCGACAACGUGGCCGAGGUGGUGGCCGGGGCGCGCCGCCUGCAGCUGCCCGGGGCCGCGCAGCGCGCCACCGACGCCGUGGGGCCGCAGCUGAGCCUGGACAACUGCUACGAGGUGCUGAGCGCGGCCAAGCGGCAGCGGCUGGCCGAGCUGCGCGACGCCGCCUACCGCUUCAUGAGCGACCGGUACUUGGAGGUCCUCCGCGAGCCCGCCGUCUUCGGGCGCCUGUCGGGCGCUGAGCGCGACCUGCUGCUUCGCCGCCGCCUGCGGGGGGGCCGGCCUCGCCUGCUGGCCGCCGCGCUGGCGCCCGGGCCUGCGGGGGAGCGCGCGGGGAGCCGCCCUCAGAGCCCUUCCGGGGACGCGGACGCGCGAGGGGACGCGGCCGUCUAUCGCCUGGCCCCCGAGGCCGGCGGCUGGCUCGAGCUUACGCGGCUGCCCGAGGGCGCGGCGGCGCGCGGCUGCGCCCUGUGCGUGCUCUACAACUACCUCUUCGUGGCGGGAGGCGUGCUCCCCGCGGGCCCCGAUGGCCGCGUGCGCCCCUCGGACCGCGUCUUCCGCUACAACCCUGCCACCGAUCGCUGGGCCGCCGUCGGCCCGCUGCGCCAGGCGCGCUCGCAGCUGCAGCUGCUGGCCCUGGACGGCCACCUGUACGCCGUGGGCGGCGAGUGCCUGCUCAGCGUGGAGCGCUACGACCCGCGCGCCGACCGCUGGGCCGCCGUGGCACCGCUGCCCCGGGGCGCCUUCGCUGUGGCGCACGAGGCGGCCGCCUGCAACGGCGAGAUCUACGUGUCCGGCGGCUCGCUCUUCUACCGCUUGCUCAAGUACGACCCACGGCGCGACGAGUGGCUCGAGUGCCCGUGCAGCCGCAGCCGGGAGCGCUCGGCCGACAUGGUGGCCCUCGACGGCUUCCUCUACCGCUUCGACCUGGGGGCGGCCGGGCAGGGGGCCGUCAGCGUGUGGCGCUACCACUGCCUGGCUAAGCGGUGGAGCCCGUGCGCCCCGCGCCCACAGCCCUGCGCGCCAAGCCUGCAGUCCUUCCGCUGCGCCGCUUUGGACGGCAACAUCUACUGCGUGGGCCGCGCGGGCACCUGGCGCUUCGUGCCCCCGCGCGACGGCGAGCCCGAGGCCGAACCCGGCGGCCGCUUCGAGCCUGAGCCCCUCGCGGGCGCCCUGGACGUGCGCGGCGUGCUGGUCCCUUUUGUCCUCAACCUACCCGAGCAGGAGCAGCUGGACCCCGGGGAGCAGGGCGCGGCCUAGGGGGCCACCUAGAGAAAGAGGCCCAGGGCUGGGUCCCGGCGGGAAGGCGGGGAAGAGGGGGUCGGGGGAGGGCUGCCCUGCCGGCGCUGGGGCUUGCUGUGUAGACGCCGGCUUUGGGGGUAGACGCUUCGCGGGUCUGGCGACCCUGGGCCAUGCUGCUGGGAACAUCGCCAUUUCCCUUUUCUGGAUUCCUUUCUGCUUCCGUUUGCUUAAUGGGCCCUGCGAGGUGAGGUGCAGGAUGUGUACGGACAGCCCUGACUCGGGGCGCAGGAUGCCUAUGCGGGGUGCUCUCCUGCGUGGGGAGCAGGCGAGGCGGGACCUGCACCCGGGAGCCCCCACUCCAUGGCGAGCGGCCGCGCCACCCUGGUGCACAGGGCAGUCAGUCACGUUUCUGGCUUUUUGUUCUGCUUUUGGUUUGAGGUUUAAAAUCAUAACAGGGCCAGGGAUUUAGCUCAGGGCCACCGUCCCUGCCUCGAAAGGUCCUGAGGUCCUAACGAGCUGUGUGAUUUAGUUAAAAGCUCUUGCUGCUGCUGCAUGCUCAAGUUUGGUGGGCUCAGCACCUUUGAGAAGGAUAGCUGACAAGCUUGUGUGGUAAAGUCCUUGGUCACCAGCGUGAGUGUGGUGCCGAGCACCUGGAGCCUGGCGGGCACACGCGGGCCCUGUCUGAGGCGGGUCUGAGCGGGCUGUGGUGAGGACCCGGAUGCUCCUGCUAUUGGACUUGGGGCUGUGGUGAGGAAGCGACGUCUGCCGAAGGGUGGCGGCCGCUCCGCUCCACACACUGUUAGUCAGGAGGAGGCACUGAAAGGAAUGCUGUUUUUCAGAGGAAGUUAAGGCGUCCUGAAAUCAAGUGGCACAGACACAUUUGCAUCCACUUGUGAACUGUGUGCUAGAGGGUAUGGGAUUCUGACGAGGGAGCUUGGUUUUAGGCCCAGGAUUCCCAGCGGGCGCGGCAGGGGGCAGCACAGGGAGGAAGGUGCCCGGGUGACUCGCAGGUGGGCGCCCUAACUGACAGGAGACUCUGCUUUGAGGAGGAGCAAGGAUGGAAAAUAAAUGAGUUGAUGUUUCCUCAUUUGGUAGGACAUUUUACUCUUCAGAUAUGUGCAGGAGAAACUCCUGUUUGCUAAGAUUAAGGACAGAACACGCCUCCCCACCAGGCACGGUGGUGUGGGUUCUAAAUCCAGUACGCUUCUCGCUCUGAUUGGUGAGGACUCGCUGAGAGGACACGCUGAGAACACAGGUGAAAUUGCUCAGACUCGAGCGGGAUUUGCCUGUUAACCUGGUGGCAGGCUUUGCCGUCUGCAAAUCAGCAGAAAUUGGGAAAGAGGUUUCGCUUUUUAGGCAGUUCAUGGUUGUGGAAAGUCUCCGCUAAGUGUGCUUAGAAGUGAUCAGAUGGCUUCCGGCGUGACCGGGUGGGAUUUGUGGUUCAGCCGGGACCUCUCGGCUGCCCACCUUCUCCUAAGCCGGGCACUCAUCGUCGGAAAGAGGAACAGGCUUCAUUGCCCGACUCUGCCGGCCUUUUGCAGGAGUAUGCUGCAGAAUGGGAGUGGAAGUACUUACAGCAAAAGGCAACCGUGAUGCUGUUUCCAGGAAGUGUGAGUUUUCUAUUGUAGUGCAUUUUUCUGUAGAAUUUUAUUACUGACGCUAAAAGUGUUCUAUGUGAAAUGGGUUCAGACUAAUAGUUUCACUCCUUAAAUGUUAAGUCCAUGAAGUACUGUCACUGUGACUUUACCAAGGAGCCCUUCUGUGAUGCUCGCUCUUGAAACCGGGCUCCCGAGUAAGGGCAGCCCCAGGAGAGCAGAGGCUGGAGCUGACCACACAGCACUGUGCCCAGGUGGCAUUGCUGCCUGUCACUGUCCUUUCCCCGAAAAGUUUUGCCGCAGACAGCGGGUCUUCCUGGGGAACUGGCUCCCGAGUCCCGGGGACCGCUGUGGUCUUGUCACCCGGAAUCUGAGGAGCAGGGAGGGAUCGUCACUAAUGGGCAACCAGCCAGCCUAUUGUGAGAACGUGUAGGAUACUGUGUAUCCUUUUUCCAGAUAGUGACGGCUUUCGAAAACAACAGCCAGGCGCCCGCCCUAACAGGUCACAGAACUGACUUGCUUCUGUUUUGGGGCCAGCCGCUGGGUGUGGAGCGAGGCUUGCACUUGACAAACUACCAGAAAAGCCGCAUCCACCCUGUGCUGGGCUGGACGCGUGGGGAGGUGGCAUCGCUGAGAUGCGCCACCUGCUGGCCGGCUCAGCUUGCUCUGGGUCUGGCCCGCCCUGCUGGGACAGUGGGGGUGCAAACACUCCUGACUGCCUGGCAGCGACCAGUCCAAGAGGCCGGCCCACGUGUGUCACCACCACAGUCCUUGUAAAACCGACCCGGCACACUGGCACCUCCGAACGUCUGAAAGCACAGUUCCCCGGAGGAGAGGCUAUGAUGUCACUGAAGCUUGAGCUUCCCGGUAAGGUGACAAGCAGUGACUGGGUUGUCAGCCAUGGGACCCGAGGAGGGAGCUUCGUGCGUCCUGAUUUCUGUCUGCUGCCACGCUCUACCCCGGGACUCGCCUCUCUAGCUCUCCGGGUCUGGAGUGUGGUUGAUCCGAUUUCUGCAUCGCAGUGGCCCCUCUCUCUUUGCCUUUCAGAGAAGGAAAGCCCCGGAGGAAAUUCAUUUGCAACUUAGUUAAAACUUAGCAGUUUUGCUACACAUAUUUAAGCAAGAAAUGAAUCACCUGCUCCACUUCUCUUCAUUUCUGGUGUUGCCUUAGUAGUUCUGGUCUCAGAAAACUUCCUGCAAAAUGUGGAACCUGGGUGUCUCUGAGGGUCUUUCGCGCUGAGCUGAAGUCAGGAUAGCUCAAGAACACAAUCCCUUGUGGCAUCUUAGGGCAAAUGUGAGCCCACUGCCCUUCGGGCUGUGUUUAAUUUAGAUGUUUUCCUUAGCUUACAGAAAGUUUUAUUUUGAGGUUAAAUGCCAAUUUUUAACUUUCCCCUUUCCUCCGGAACAUUAUUAUUCAUUGGAAGACAAUGACUUGAGUUAAAGUGGAGCUGCACAUGUUCCGGUUGCAUCUGAAUCUGUUUCUGCUGUCACAUCCCUUACACUCUGUCCACAUCUGUGGGUGGGUGGGGACCGCACUGCGGUGAAGCCUGCCGGCAUGUCCUGCUGGGCUGAUUUGAACUGAAGUAAAAGCCUCGAUGUGUCUUAACGUGCGAGUGACGCUCCCCGACGCCUGGUCAAUCUCCAGCCAGUACCAACCGGUCCUCACGUGCGGCCCUUCACUCCCGAGGAGCUGUGCGAGGCAGCAUGCAGGCCAGCCGUCCUGACGUGCAGUUCCUGUGGUUAUUAAUGCUUGGGUUUUGACAUCCUGAGCAUCAGUGCUGUACAGCCUUGUAUGUGUGUCCUUGUGUGCAGAGUGAAAUAAAGCGUGUGCAAGGCGCCUGUGCUCCUGGAACCUGUGCUGCUGGGAGCGGGAUGAGCGUGCGCCUGGGGCCAGGCUGGGUCUCCCUGUGGGUCAGCGAUGGUCGGGCCUCGGGCUGUGGCCGGGGCUUCUCACACACAGGCACCACGCGCCCCCGCCUGUCCCCUUGGCCGGCGGGGCCCUGGCAGCCGGGGAUGUGCAUGCUGCCUGUGGCCUGGUGAUGCUGGUGUGACCUCGGGGGGAGACAGGAGCAAGGUGGGGAUGCGAGGUCCCAGCCAGGGGUCUCCACGUGCCACCCAGGGCGUGGGGGACACUGGGGUGCCAAGGCAGGAGAGAGGACAGCACCUUGCUUCCCUGACCCUGGGGGCUCUAUGCGGGGCGGGGGUCCUGGCCCAGGCAGUGCGGGUCGGGGAGCUCAAACCUCGGGGACAGCGUCUCCAGCAGCAAGCCUGCCAGACCUCAGAACCCGGGAGCACAGGGCGUGUGGCACCUCAGGUGACUGCACCCUUCCCGGGCAGGGUCAGGAGGCACCUGAGAGCUCCAGCCCUGGGUUUUGGGGUGCAUAUGCCAUGUGGCCUGGUCCCUAGCAAGCGAGAACAGCAGAACAGUGUGGCUGCCAGGCAGAGGCAGCCUCGGUGCUGUCACCGCCAGGCCUGGGCUCGGUGUUGCACUGGCUUUGCUGCAGGUGGGUGUCCACCCUUGAGGGCCAGAGACACACUCCACCCGGGACAGCGGCGGCCUGUGGAGGGCGGGCUGGUGCCAGGCCUCUCCCCGGGCAGGGGCGAGCGGGUCCCAAAGGGGCCGGGGUGUGACCACUGUGUGCCCAUGAAUGUGGGUCGUGUCCCUGAGGGCCUGUCCUCCAGAGCGGGGUCUCCUGGUGUGACAGGAGGUAGGGCCCACAGUCACCGGGCUGGUCUGGGGCUGGCGCAGGGGCAGGGGCAGGCUUGAAUCUGGGGCUGCGGAGCCCAGGGGCCUUGGCUUCAGCCCCCUGCUGCCCGGAGUCUGCAGGACAGAGGAGGGACCGGCCAGUUGCUGCCAGGGUGCGUGGACCCCGACAGGUCCCGUCUGUGUGUGCCUGGCGCCUUGGGGAAGGGGACACAAGGCCGGGAUGGCCAGGAGUGGACGGACGGGCGGAGAAUGUCCCUGUGGUACUGGUCUCUACUCCACCCCAAGUCACGGCUGUCCGUCACCCACAGGUGCCCUCUGGCUCGGGACCCUCCCAUCUCCCCCUCCUCGACCCCUUAGGACCCCACCCCUGCGUCUGUGACAAGCAGUUUGGGGAACAGCUGUGAUCCAGGGCUCUGCUCAGCCAGGGUUCCCGGAGUGAAGGCCGCCGCGGAGCUGCUCCGACCCGGGCCCUUGGCGCUAGGGUCCCCCUCCGGUCUGCCUCUCGGGAGCUAGGCGAUAAAGGUGGCCCCAUGCUGCUGCUGUCCUUUCCCAUGCUUUCUUCUGCAGAAGCCUCCGUGCUUCCCCUGCCCAGGGCUAGGGCUGUGGUCAGAGUGGUUUUCUUUGCAGCCUUUAACCUGAAGGCUGCUGCCAGACAAGAGGCUUCCAGAGGGAGGAGCCGGGUCAUGUGACAAUCAGCGGGCCGAGUGGAAGAUGUGGGAGCCACUGCAGAGGUCCGCCGUUCUUGCUCCGGGAGGAGGGAGGGUCUGUGCUGCUUAGGACGGCAAAUGGAACCUCUCUGCAGAGCAGCCCGGAGCGAGGCCCAGGAGCGAGGCCCAGGAGCGAGGCCCGAGGCCAUCCCUGCAGGUUGGCACCCAGAGCCGCCCUCCACCUGAGACCCGCUCCUUGCAGUCUGCAGAGGCCAGGCUCAGGGCCCUUGGGGUGGAGGGACAGUAGGGCCUGGAUGGCUCUGUGAUGAGACAUGCGGGCCAGGCUGUGUGAGGUCAGAGGACUCGGCCACUCCUCUGGAGCUUGACAGUGGCAGCAGAUUUCUCACUCCACUCUGGGACUGACAGCAGAAGUGAAGCACACGUUUCAGGCAUUUCACCACACCUGUGUCACCAGGGCUGAACGGUGACUGAGGUAGGACACUGUGCCGAGGGAGCCCUGGUCACGAAGCCAGGGAGUCCCCAGCGGGCGUUGGGAAGGGGUCAGACAGGACAGGCAGGGGUACGCAGAGUCCUGGGAGCUGUUAUACCGGCACUCACCUCCCGUGUCUCGUUUCUUUCCUGCUCGUUUACACAAGACAGCACCUGGCCAGAACUCCUGGCAAGGUGAGUCCCACCCGCUCGCCCCACGCCCAGGUCCAGGGUGCACUGGGCAGAGUGCUGUGGGUGCUGAGCCACCACCCCAGCCUGCGCCUGUCUUCUGUGCCACAAAUGCAGAUGCUGAAGCAAGGAGGUGAUUGCCAUGGGCCCUUUGCAGCCUCCGGAGGCUCCAUGUGGAAGCCGGGCAUUCUGCUCCCGUCUGCUUGUGGUCAGCGCGGUAUUGUGAGCGUCUUCUGUGAUCUGUGUUUUGUGCUUUUUGGUUGUUUUAGCCCUGGAAGUGCAGGUUUGCAGCACAUGAUGGUCACGCUCCUGGGGGGAGCUGGUACAUGCACGGCCCGGCCCGGCCCGGCGGUGUCUCAGUGCCCUUCCAUUGGACCAAGCUCUGUCUCAUUCAAGAUGGAUGUGCUUGCUUGAGCGGCGCUGGGAGUUGUGACUCGUGAGGGUGCUGUCCGUCUGCGCUGUCCUGCUCAGGUCCCCAGGUGCCCCGAGGCCCCCAGUGGGUGUGCCUGACGCUGGCCUGGCUGAGCUUGGAGGCUGCUCCGGGUCCCAGCCCAGGGUCCCCUGGUGGGUGGACAGUGGGCCUGGCCACUGUGCUGGUCACACUCCCUGGUGCCCGGGCCAGGUCUUGGAGCACUGCCACUGCUGGAGGAACACAGGAGCCCGUGGCAGUGACAGGAUGUCGCCCUUGGUCACCAGAGCUCUGGGCCGUGCCCAGGGUCCCCUGCAGUGAACCUGGCGCAGCACUGGUGGCUUUCCGGGGACGUUGCUGGGGUCUGGGCCACCGAGCUGCCCGCUGCACCUGGUUCCACCACGGUCCCUGCACACCGAGUGCCUAGCCCUCCUCACCCCGGGCAGCACUGCACCCCGCAGUCUGAAGCUCUGAGCCUCCGCAUGGCUGGGCGUCCUCCUGGGCCCUGCAGUGACCACAGUGCAACAUUGCCCUAGCUUCACUACUGCUUCAUUCCUAGUUUCUGGUAGAUUUUGGACAUUUUCACUUUGCUUGUCUUAGACAUUAUAAACAUCUCCCCUGCCUGCCAGUUAGCAUUGUUAGUGUGGAUCUUUUAUUGAGUGAUUAUCUUUUUUUUUUUUUAUACCAGGGAUUGAACUUGGGACCUUGCGCUUGCGAGGCAGGUGGCCGAACCGCUGAGCUAAAUCCCUGGCCCCUUGAGUGAUCAUCUUCAACUUGAAUGUCUAAUCUGGUUUUUUUCCUGGUAGUUCCUUAUUUGGGGAUAAUCUUCAACAGUUUAACAGUGAAAAUGUUCCAUAUCUGUCAACAGUAGUUUAUAACAUAUAAACUCUCCAAUCUCUUAUUGGCAAGUUUCCUGUUUCAUUUUUUUUCUUUUUUCAGUACAGGGGAUUCAACCCAGGGCCUUGGCACUGAGCCACAUCUCCAGCCCUUUUGAACUUUCUCCUUUGAGACGGGGCCUCCCUGAAUCACUAAACUGCCCAGGCUCAGCUAGAAUUGGUGACGUUCCUGCCUUAGCCUUCCAGAGUGCGGGCGUUGCAGGCCUGGGCCACAGGACAGACUGCUGCGUUGGCUCCUAACUGGAAUUGCAUAUUGUAUGCAAGAAACCCCUCUCCGGACACAUUUGUCCAUCUGCACAGCUGUGUGAACCUGUGCUCCAGGCAGCUGCGGAAGAACUGGCCGUGCCUGAGCCACAAGGGACAGUGAGCCGCACGGGGGCCGUGGCCCAGAGCAAGUGGACAAAGUCUGCCAGCGGCCGCGUCAGACCUGGCGGAGCAAAUGGGAGGGCACCGGGCGGAGGGCAGCGUGAGCACUGCAUUGUGGGCAGGGACAUGAAACUCUAGGAGAAGGCGUCAGCGGGACCCUAAGCAGCACCGCUGAGACUUGGGUCCUGGGAGAAGCGUCACCACAGACACACACAGCUGCCCACGCGGACGGCAGACGGCAAGUAGGAGGACCACAGGCACGGAUGUCCUCCUGAGGCACAGGUGGAUGCCUCUGCACCCACUCCUGGAAGAUGAGCGCAGCUUUCACGCUCAGAAGUGGGCAUCGCAGUGAAGCUGGGUGAAGUGAAAGCUUUUGUGAAAAGCAGGAGACUCCAAAGGGGACUGUGUGCAUGGAAGGACUUCUUACUGUCACGGGGCAGCUUCCUCAGGCCUGGGGCUCUCUACAGAGAAUUGUCACGAUAAUGCCCAGAUCCAGGGGCACGGUCUGCCGGAACACACGCUCCCGGCCCCACACACUUAUCUCGCCCAUAGAUUCCUUUGCGUGUGUGCGUGUGCAUGUUUACAGUACUGGAGUUUGGACCCAGGACCUUCACACCGAGCUGCGUUCUCAGCUCUUACUUUUAUUCUGAGACGCGGCCUUGCGAAGUCUGUAGUUGUCCAAGCUGGGCUCAAACGUGUGACCCCCCUGCCUCAGCCUCCUGGGUGCUGGGACUUCAGGUGUGCACCACCACAGCUCACAUGUUCCCGUAAAGGUGUCUUCGCCGUGUUCCUUCCUCAUCUCAAUGAAGUCUGAGUUUCCUGAACUUUGGGGGUGGGGUUAGGAAGCCCAGCUGCUUAAAAAGCUUACAGACCAGUGAGGAAAACUUAAAGCCUUUUGUUUUCUGAAAA